AUGGAGUCCCCUCCGGCAAGGCGCAGCGCCCCAGACCAUCCCCGACCUCCUCCCGCCGCGCACCGGGCCGGCCCUGCGUGGCGGCCAUCGGUCCUGGAUGACACCGCUGCCGAGUCGCUUCCCGAGGAGCAGUUCCCCCUCCCGCCCUUUUGCUACAAGUUAACACGCCGAGAGUUGCAUGUCCGUGGGUGUGUGCGUGUCCACCGGCACCUCCCGCACCGAGGGACCCUGUCACAGCGCACGUGCUCAGCCGCCCGUGGGGACGCCCCACGCAUCCCCUCUCCUCAGCUCCCACUUCAUUCCCAGGACCCCCAGCCUGGCGCAGGAGCGAGAGAGAGAGGCAGAACUUUGGGGUCCCGCCGCGUCCUUCCCCUCCGCGCUCUCCCGCAGGGGCCGAAGUUUGUACACGUGCUUUGCCGAAGCGCCGAAGCCGGCUGGGCGGGGUUCGAGCCUGAGAGUGGGAAACGCAGAAAUCGGCACCCUGAGCCAGACUGUUCGAAGAAGAGUAAAUUCGGUUAUUAUUCAUCUCCACGAGGGAAGUCUUAUCUUCUACAAAUAUUUGAUACUGGGACAAGUCCAAUAAUUAACAAGAACAAUCAAACAAUUUCAUUGCCUUCUUGGGGAUUUAAAAAGUCAUCAUCUGCAAUUCAUGAACAUUACAACCUUUUUUUUCCCCUCGUGCUUGGAUAUGUUACUGUAAAUGAUCUUUUCAGUGUGUGUGUGUGUCCCUAAGUGAUUUUACCCUUUAAUGCAAAAAGAUGCAAACCAUUAACAGCACAGAUAACAUUCACAACUGCUGAUUCAGUGAGAGUUCAGACCUCUCUGUAGGAGUUUUUAGAGAGGGUGGUAACUCUGAUGGGAAAAGGAGAAAAAAAAAAAAAGAGCUGGAGGAAUGUUUCUUUCUUGGCUUCCUCCCUACCUCUGUGGUAGGAACUCCCACAGGGGUCCUGUGGGUGGGAUGGGAGCAGGGCAGAUGGGAGCUUGGCCAGCUCUGUAUAGGUGCAAGCAUCAGCUCUCCCAGUGCAGCCCCAUAACUCCUCACGCCACAGAAAAGUCCAGGCUGGGAGAGGAAUGGGACUUGUGAGUUCUGCAGCAGCAUUUCUGGCACGGUACAGACUUAGGGUGCCAGGAAGGCAGCAUAGCUUUCAGGACCUGCAGUGAACCAAGCGGGACAGACAGGGAAUGGGCCAAGGCCUGAUUGCAACCAAAAAACCCAAACACUAAGCCAGCCUCAAAUUUGCCACUUCUGAAUUAAAUUCAGGCUUCUGAGAAAGGUGGUCACACACUAAGUGAUAGUGUUUCACCCUGCACUGUCCCAAACUGUGCACAAGCUCUGGAACUGGCUGUCAGAGUUACACAUCCUGAGUCCCCACCUGCUCAUGCAAAUCCUGCUCCUCAUGGCUGCUGGCCCUCAGUCUGCGUAGGCAAUGAAAUAGUUCCGGCAUGAAGCUUUGCUCUAUCUCAGGUCAUCUCAAACCUGGGGACAUACAGCCCUAGGGUCAGGCUGGCAGGCUUUGUGUGUCCCCCCCACAUCUUUCAGAACUCUUUUCUAUUAAUAUCCUACCUACACCUUUUAUUCUUUGCAUAAGCACUGCCCUCCCCCUUUACUACUUGCUUUAUGCCAACUCCUCCUUACAAUCAUUAUAAAGUUCCUUGCAGUUCAAGACAAGAAAGGAAUAAGGGUGGCUGGGUCCAAAAGUAAUCUGGUGCAAAGAGAAAAAGCCAAAUGCGGGUGCAUUUUAUUUAAGAUUAAAAGCACAAUGGUGAGAGAUUGUAUUAUGCUCUCCACAGGAGCUGUAUUUUUCUACUUCUACAAUAGGAUUAAGGUGUCAGUGGAAAAGAGAAU